AUGGUCAACCCUGCCCCAAUUUCUGGAUGGACAUUGGAGGAUUGCAAAGCCAGACAGAAAGUCGUUCGCUCUCGCAUUACAAACUGUCACAGUCGCAUCAACCACAUUGUACGUGGACACUUCUCUCGACGUGAUGCUGAGAAACUUUUAGCAGAGGCCCGAGUCUUCUUGGGAGAGUUAGAAGAAAUCCACAACCGUUUCAUCUUGUUGAUAGAAGAUCAGGACGCUAUCUCGCCACAGACUGCGUUGCACUUGAUAUAUGCUUCAGUCAUUGAUGACUCCUCAGCAUUGAUCGAGAAUUAUCUACUUCUCCGACAGGAUGAUGCCUCAUCAGUAGUGGUUGAGUCUGCGGAAGAGACGGCGAGACGACAGGCAUUGGCAACAGCAGAGCAACGUCUACGAGAUGCUCGAGCCGAGCUAUCUGCCACUGAACAAGAGGUUAUAGAUCUUGGAGGUGAAGUUACCAUCACGGAUUCAUCAGAGUUGAAUCCAUCGGACUCGGUGUCGCAAAUUGGUCGACGAACUGAUCCUUCGCCAGUUGCCUCUGCAGUAGCUCCUGAUGCUUGGAUCGAUUUGUAUGUGGCUCGAAGAGAGAAACCUCACGUUCGAGGAAAAGGAAACAAGUCAUUCGUUACUAUUCAGCUGGAGGUGUAUUCAGGACAGGCGUUAGAUUGGUUCGCCUGGAUCAGCAUGUGGCAUGCUUUGGUACACACUACCAGCAAGACAGCAAGCGAGAAACUUGCCAUUUUGAAGAACUACUUAAAGGGAGACUUGGCUGACAUCGUGUACGGACAUGGAGGUGGAGAAUCUGGCUACAAGGAAGCGUUGCAACGACUUAAAAGCUCCAAGAAGCGACCCACAAUCAUUCAAAUGUUUGCGGAACGUGUCCGGACUCAUCUUUUUAAUCUAUCUACGAUCGGAGAGACUGGACAUACCGACAUUAUUGAGAGACUUACUCGAAAACUUCCACUGACGGAUCGAUUUGCGUGGAACGAGGGUCGGGGAGCUGAUUUGGAGCGUAGAACGAUCAACGAGUUUGGUCGAUGGUUAACCGCAAGAGCCGUCACUUAUCAAAAUGCUUACGCGAUUGCUGAGGAUCAACAACUUCCAGGAUCUGGUAACCAGAAGAACAAUCAUCAGCCUUCUCAUCAGUCUCAACCGAGACCAUCGCAGCAGCAGAAGAGGAAUGUUCGGGCUCAUCAUAGAGCGUCUAGUACCCACAACCAAAAGGAGCCUGGCUCGACUGAGCAAAAGGAAAAGAAGAAUGCUGAACUCUAUUGCUUCAAGUGUGAAGGACCUCAUCGCUUGGAAGAUUGCAUCUUCUUCAAGAAUCUUCCUAUUAGCGACCGACUGACAUUCGUGCAACGUCGCGGUUUAUGUUACGGAUGCUUUGGUCUGACUUAUCAUCGACUCCUACAUAAAGAAAAGACGCCUGCUGAGAAAACUGCCAGGACACACACGCUGAGAGCUGAUCGCCGACAAAUCGCAUUCAAGGUGAUCCGUGUUGACGCUCUCGAUGUAAAUGGGGAAGCAGUACCUGUCAACGUUCUGAUGGAUGACGGAAGUGAUUCAACGCUCAUUCGAGAGGGGCUGGCGCGGCGACUUCAGCUUGCUGGCCAGCAACAGACUUUAGUUGUGAAUGGAGUCGGAGAAGAAUCAUCGACUCACUUGACUUCUGAAUAUCUCGAACUACGACUGAAGACUUCAUCAGAAGAGAUAGUGUCGAUCCAGGGCUCCACUAUACCAUCGAUUACCAAACCAGUCGCAGUGAUGGAGUGGGAGAAGCUACACGGCCGAUGGAGCCACCUGGCGGAUCUGCCCCCUCUACGCACUUGUGGUGGCCGAGUUGACGUUUUGAUUGGAUUAGACCAUGCGGCCCUUAUUACAGCGAUUGAAUCCAGAUUUGGCAAGGAUGACGAGCCGACCGCCUCCAAGACUCGAUUAGGAUGGACUUUGCAGGGAGCCGUUGAGGGUAGCGACGGAUCCAGUAUCGCUCGAGUCCACCACGUCAUCACGGACGCUGACAUCAACUUACAACUGGUGGAGCAGGUCCGGCGCUUCUGUGACACGGAGUCUUUCGGAACCGAAUUCAAGGCGGAUUGUAUGUCUGCUGCUAAUCAAAAAGCAGUGACCAAAUUGGAAUCAGAAACAGAAAAGCUGAGUGUUGGAUAUGCGGCGCCGGUAUUAUGGAUUGAUGAUGAUCCUCCUGAGAUUCCUGACAGCCGCCAUACAGCAGAGAUGCGGUUGAAGAGUCUACUGAACAAAUUCACCAGAGGUCCGGCUGACUAUGAGAACUUUUACCGGGCAGCCAUGGAGAAGAAUUUCACCGAAGGAUACGCACGGCGUUUGUCAUCCGAAGAGAUCCAGCAGAAACCUAGCAAGUAUUUCUUGCCCCAUUUUGGAGUUCCAAAAAUGGCCGGUGGUCCAGCCUUGCAGAAUCCAUUGCCUGCUGUCCUCAUCCGCUUCUGUGAAGGAGCUAUUGCCUGGUCAGCCGACAUUGGUGCGAUGUUCAGCCGGAUUCGGCUGAAAGAGUAG